AUGGGCAGCGCUGUUUCCAAACGGAAGAACCCGCGGAGCAAUGCCAUUUGCUCGGCUGAAUCCAAGGUCAGAGCAGCACAAGCUUUCAGAGAGUAUCUGUCGCACACUGAGCCCAGCACCAGUAGCACCAAGGCAUCAGAUCACCUGGUGGCUGAGACCUUGAUGGACCCAGAGGAUUCCUCGGAGAUCCAACAGCCCGCACAGAACAAGCGCCGCCUCUCCAUGAUCUCUCAGGGAAGGUUCGACCGCAGUUUUUCGGAGGAAGGGUCGGAGAAGCCGGCCGACGGCCAGAAGCCGCGGGUCUACACCAUCUCGGGAGAGAGCCAGUUGCUGUCGGAGACCGAGGGGACGGCGGCAGCGGCGGCGAGCACCCCCGGCAAGGAGGCGCGGCCCCCGAAGGCGUCCGGAGGUGGAGGUGGAGGUGGAGUGCGCUGCAGGAGCUGGGCGGGCAGCAGGCAGAGCUCCAGGGAGUGCCCGGGCUGUGCGAAGGGCGCGGGCUCCUCGCAGCUGCUGACCGUUGAGGGCGAGCACGUGCAGGGGCGCGAGGCCGCCCGCCACCGCAAGAAGCUCGAGCGCAUGUACAGUAUGGACAGAGUGUCCGAUGAUGUCCCAAUUCGGACUUGGUUCCCAAAGGAAAACCUCUUCAACUUUCAGACAGCAACCACCACAAUGCAGGCAAUAUCGGCUUUCCGGGGCUGCAUGGAAAGGAAGAGGAGGAAGCGGGAGAACGAAUGUGCCACUGUGAUCCAGAGAAAUUUCCGCAAACAUCUUCGAAUGGUUGGGAGUCGAAGAAUCAGAGUGCAAAGUCUUUCUGAGCGACAAGAAAAGAGUUUUGGUCGCUCCUGGAGUGAUCCCACGCCAGUGAAAUCUGAUGUGAUUGGUGAACCUCGAGAAAGUCAGGAGUUGCAGAGUUCGUGCUGCGCUUUAGAUGAUGAUUUUGAUGAUCUCAACUGGGAAGCGGAGAAGGAGCUUGAGCUGCUGUCAUGUGAUGGUGAAGACUUUGUUCCGCCCAAGAUCAUGCUUAUUUCAUCCAAAGUCCCCAAGGCAGAGUACAUCCCAACCAUCAUUCGCAGAAAUGACCCUUCCGUCAUCCCCAUCCUCUACGACCAUGAGCAUGCUGUUUUUGAUGACAUCUUAGAGGAGAUUGAGAAAAAGCUGAAUGCCUAUCGGAAGGGCUGCAAGGUCUGGAAGCUGCUGAUCUUCUGCCAGGGGGGACCUGGCCACUUGUACUUGCUGAAGAACAAGGUCGCCACUUUUGCCAAAGUAGAGAAAGAGGAAGACAUGAUCUUGUUUUGGAAGAGGCUGAGCAGAUUGAUGAGCAAGAUCAACCCAGAGCCAAAUGUGAUCCAUAUAAUGGGCUGCUAUAUCCUGGGAAAUCCCAAUGGGGAAAAGCUUUUUCGGAGCUUAGCUACCUUGAUGACUCCUCACCGAAUAUCCUUUGAAUCUCCGUUGGAGCUUUCAGCACAAGGGAAGCGGAUGAUCGAGACAUACUUUGACUUCCGUCUGUAUAGACUGUGGAAAUCCAGGCAGCAUUCAAAGCUACUGGACUAUGAUGACAUCUUGUGAGGCAUGAGAAAGCUCAGAAUUGGAAUAAUCACUUGUAAACGCUCUUAUCGAGAACGACGUCUCCUCAGUUCUGGAGGCAAAUAGAGGGUCUCGGAAGGGAUUGAGAAGAGGCAGAAAACAUCUCUGUUAUGUCUUGUUCCGACAAAGAAAGGCUUAAUGGAAGUCGAGAGAAGAAUGGCUUGGAGAUGUUAGGGCCCUUUUCUCUUUGAAUAGAGGGAUCAGGAAUCAGAAUUUUUACUUCUGCGGAAUGUUGCCAAUUCAGGUCAAAACAAGUGAGUUCAGGGUUUUUUUAAAUUUCAUCCUGAACUCCUUACGCAAAAGACAGGACUGAAUAGUUAGUUGUUGGAAUCCUGGGAAAACCAGA